AUGGUUAUGGAGAAGCCUAGUCCCCUGCUGGUCGGGCGGGAAUUCGUGAGACAGUAUUACACUCUGCUGAACCAGGCCCCAGACAUGCUGCACAGGUUUUAUGGAAAGAACUCUUCUUAUGUCCACGGGGGAUUGGAUUCAAAUGGAAAGCCAGCAGAUGCAGUCUAUGGACAGAAAGAAAUCCAUAGGAAAGUGAUGUCACAAAACUUCACCAAUUGCCACACUAAGAUUCGCCAUGUUGAUGCUCAUGCCACUUUGAAUGAUGGUGUGGUGGUCCAGGUGAUGGGAUUGCUCUCCAAUAACAACCAGGCUUUGAGGAGAUUCAUGCAGACAUUUGUCCUUGCUCCUGAGGGCUCUGUUGCAAAUAAGUUCUACGUUCACAAUGAUAUCUUCAGAUACCAAGAUGAGGUCUUUGGUGGCUUUGUCACUGAACCUCAGGAGGAAUCUGAGGAAGAAGUAGAGGAACCUGAAGAAAGACAGCAAACACCAGAAGUGGUACCUGAUGAUGGUGGAACUUUCUAUGAUCAGACUGUCAGCAAUGACUUGGAAGAACAUUUAGAGGAACCUGUUGCUGAACCUGAGCCUGAUCCUGAACCAGAACCGGAGCAAGAACCUGUAUCUGAAAUCCAAGAGGAGAAGUGUGAGCCAGUAUUGGAGGAAACUGCUCCUGAGGAUGCUCAGAAGAGUUCUUCCCCAGCACCCACAGACAUCGCUCAGACAGCGCAGGAAGAUUUGAGGACAUUUUCUUGGGCAUCUGUGACCAGUAAGAACCUUCCACCCAGUGGUGCUGUUCCGGUUACUGGGAUACCACCUCAUGUUGUUAAAGUACCAGCUUCACAGCCUCGCCCAGAGUCUAAGCCUGAAUCUCAGAUUCCACCGCAGAGGCCUCAGAGGGAUCAAAGAGUUCGAGAACAACGGAUAAAUAUUCCUCCCCAGAGGGGACCUAGACCAAUCCGUGAGGCUGGUGAGCAAGGUGAUGUUGAACCCCGAAGAAUCGUGAGACACCCUGACAGUCACCAACUCUUCAUUGGCAAUCUGCCUCAUGAGGUCGACAAGUCAGAGCUUAAAGAUUUCUUUCAAAAUUAUGGGAAUGUGGUGGAGCUGCGCAUUAACAGUGGUGGGAAAUUACCCAAUUUUGGUUUCGUGGUGUUUGAUGAUUCUGAGCCUGUCCAAAAGGUUCUUAGCAACAGGCCCAUCAUGUUCAGGGGUGAAGUCCGUCUGAAUGUGGAAGAGAAGAAGAAUCGAGCUGCCCGGGAAGGAGACCGGCGAGAUAACCGCCUGCGGGGACCUGGAGGCCCUCGAGGUGGGCUGGGUGGCGGAAUGAGAGGCCCUCCCCGUGGAGGCAUGGUGCAGAAACCAGGAUUUGGAAUGGGAAGGGGAAUUGCUCCAAGGCAGUGA